GGACCGAACCCAGGACCUUGCGCUUCCUAGACAAGCGCUCUACCACUGAGCCAAAUCCCCAACCCCCUUCGUCUGGCUUUCUUAUAACGAUAAUGCUGGGCUUGUGAAAACAAUUCAGAGUCCUAUCAUCUUCUCCUUCAGAAAAAGCUUCAUGCUAUUAUAUUCUUUCCCCCUUAAAUCUUUGGUGGAAUCCACUAAUGAAAACAUAUGUAGGAAGCAGAGUCAAUGACUAUAGGAUUAUUUUUUGAUCCAAUUUUUCUUGCUUCAGCUUUGGUAAGGGUUUUUCUUCCAAGAGAUUGUGCAUUUCAGUAUGAGUUAUCUACUUUAUCAACUUAUGUUUAUAAAAUUAUCUUCUUAGUUUUAUAGAUUAUAAUUAACUUAUUUCGCUCUUAUGUUGCCAAUUUUUCUCUCUUUUUUUAGAUUUUAUUUAUGUUAUUCAUAUGAGUACACUGUUGCUAUCUUCAGACACACCAGAAGAGGGCAUCAGAUCCCAUUACAGAUGGUUGUGAGCCACCAUGUGGUUGCUGGGAAUUGAACUCAGGAGACCUCUGGAAGGGUAAUCAGUGCUCUUAACCACUGAGCUAUUUCUCCAGCCCAAUUUUUCUCUUUUUUAAUAUAAUGUUUUUUUAACAUUUUAUUUACUUCAUGGGCAUGUGUGUAGGCACACACAUGAUACAGAAUGUGUAUGGAGGCCAAAGACAAAUCUCAGGAGUUGGUUCUUUCCUUUUACAGUGUGGGUUCUGGAGAUCAGCUUUGGGUCAUCAGGUUUAAUGGCAAUCCCUUUAUGCCCUGAGCCAUCUUACAAACCCUCCUGUUUUCAUAAUUAGUGGUCUUUAUUAACUAAUUUUGGCUUUACUGUCUCUGUUCAUUGUGGCUACUUUGUUAUUUCCUCACUUAGUGUGGUGGUUUUAAUCUCUUUGGUCCAGGGCGUGGCACUAUAAGGAGGUGUGCCCUUGCUGGAGUAGGUGUGGUCUUGUUGAAGUAGGUGUGGCCUUAUUGGAGGAAGUCUGUCAUUGUGGGCAUGGGCUUUAAGACCCUCCUCCUAGUUGCCUGGAGAUCAGUCUGCUCCUGGCUUCCUUGGGAUGAAGAUAUAGAAGUCUCAGCUUCAGCAAUGUGCCUCCUGCCUGGAUGCUGUCAUGUUCCUGCCUUGAUAAUGGACUGAACCUCUAAACCUGUAAGCCAGCCCCAAUUAAAUGUUGUCCUUAUAAGAGUUGCCUUGGUCAUGAUGUCUGUUCACAGCAGUAAAACCCUAACUAAGACACUUUUCUACUACGUCUAUUAAGAUGCUUCUCUACUUCCUGUGGGCUUAUGUUGGCCUUUUCUUCUGAGGUAGCCCCUCAAGGAUUUUGUGUUUGGUUGUUCUUGUUGUUGUUCUUGUUGUUGUUGUUGUUAAUUGUAAGCAUUUAAAUUACAACUGGUCUUAAUACUCUGAUAGUUAGUACAUGCCAGCUAUCAUAAUGCCUCUUAAAAAUAAUUCUUCUGAGGUUAGAGAACAACCCUCUCUGAUUUCAGUCAGUCCUUGAAAUUUAUCGCGACACAUUUUUCUUAUGACCCAUGAAAAACCCUGACUUAUUGAACACACCAUAAAUACCUAUUGGACAGUUGUUAGAUGUAUUUAUAUUGAUAGAGAGUAGGAUAUGGUAGUCAAUUCGGAUGAGACUCUGCAUUUACUAAUCUUGGCCAAGAUUUAUCAAUUUCGAAGACCCUGUUCUCAAAACACACAAAAAGGUAAUGUUGGGCCACUGAGCUAGCUCAUCAGGGAAAGGCAUUUACCACCAAGCCUGAUGACCUGAAUUCUGUACUCAGGUCUGACAUGGUAAAAGGAGAGAGAGAACCAGCUCCCACAAGUUGUCUUCUGACCUCGACACAAAUGUCAUAACAUUCACUUAUGUGCACACAUUAAAUAAAUGUAGCUUUAAAAAGAAGUAACCUAAUUGGGGAUGGAUAAGGGUAAGACAAAGUAACUUGUACUAAAUAAAAGCAAGCGAUUUGAUAGAAAAGUAUGUUUUCAGGAAGGCAUGUUGGUUUCAGGAACCAACUGAGAUUUUAUAUUUAGUUAGGACUUAUUACAAAGAAAAUUGUUUUCAGAAACACCUUUCCUAGAAUGUAAAGAUUAACCAUAAAGUUUAAUGACCCACCAGUCAGCCAGCAUGCAUUGAGGUCUGGGUAUCCAGUGGGGGCACUUCAGCUACACGCGUGACAUUCUAAAAUUGACUUUUAACUUGAGAGAGGAAGAGAAGAUGUUUGAAGAUUAUAUUAUUAACUCAGAUGUAAGAUCUUAAUUGUCUCUAGAUUUUAAUUAAUUAAUUUUUAAAAAGACAAUUGUGAUUUUAGAUGACCUCUAAUAUUUUUAUUUUCUAAAUUAUAUUUCAUGGUUAUGUAUGAUUAAUUUAAUUGACUACCUUCCUUCCUUCCUUCCUUCCUUUCUUUCUUCUUUUCUUCCUUUCUUUCUUUCUUUUUGAAGAAGUAGUCUCACUAUAUAGCUCUGGCUAUCCUGGAACUCACUAUGUAGACCAGGCUGGCCUCAAACUCACAGGGAAGGGCCUGCCUUUGCCUUUCAAGUACUGGGAUUAAAAGUGUGUGCCCCUGCACCUGGACCGAGUGCCUUUCCUAAUUUAAUUUUUUUUUCUUUUUUUCAGAGCUGGGGACCGAAACCAGGGCCUUGCGCUUGCUAGGCAAGCGCUCUACCACUGAGCUAAAUCCCCAACCCCCUAAUUUAAUUUUUAAGAUUGGGAGUAUGUUUUCAAAAGCACUGAAUUUAUAUCAAAGCAAGAUAUCUAUAAAGCAUCUGCCAAAGUCCUGACAAUGGGGAGAAGCCAUUUUAGUUCCAGAUUUGACUGUUCCAAUUUGAAAGAAAACCAUGAAAGUAAAGACUGGUUUAAGAACAGGUUGGGAGGUCAGGAGGUGUGUUCCAGUCAAUCACUUAUCACUCAUAAAGAAGUCCCUGAAAAUCAAAGUAGUGUGUGCAAUCCAUCUUGUCAAGCCUUCCAUCAGGAUGCAAUACUAGAUACACCCCAAAGUUUCUCUACCAAAGAAAGAAUAGAUCAGAGUGAACCACAAAAGAGAAGUUACCGGAAAAAGCCCAUUGAAAUGAAACACAAGAAGGUCCACGUCGAAAAGAAAAUCCUGAAGUGUACUGAAUGUGAAAAAGUCUUUAAUCAGAGCUCGUCCCUUACUCUCCAUCAGAGAAUUCAUACCGGAGAGAAACCCUACGCAUGCGUCGAAUGCGGGAAAGCCUUCAGCCAAAGCGCCAACCUAGCGCAACACAAGAGAAUACACACCGGGGAGAAGCCUUAUGAAUGUAAAGAGUGUAGGAAAGCCUUCAGCCAGAACGCACAUCUUGCUCAGCAUCAGAGAGUUCACACUGGAGAGAAGCCUUACCAGUGUAAAGAGUGUAAAAAAGCCUUCAGCCAGAUCGCCCACCUGACUCAGCAUCAACGGAUUCAUACGGGAGAGCGACCUUUUGAAUGUAUCGAGUGCGGAAAAGCGUUUAGUAACGGUUCAUUUCUUGCUCAGCAUCAGAGAAUUCAUACGGGCGAGAAACCGUAUGUGUGCCAUGUGUGUGGGAAAGCUUUUAGUCACCGUGGAUACCUAAUUGUACAUCAGAGAAUCCAUACUGGGGAGAGACCGUAUGAAUGUAAAGAAUGUAGGAAGUCCUUCAGCCAGUACGCACACCUUUCUCAACAUCAGCGAGUGCAUACUGGAGAAAAGCCUUACGAAUGUAAAGUGUGUAGGAAGGCGUUCAGCCAGAUUGCUUACCUUGAUCAACAUCAGAGGGUUCACACUGGAGAGAAACCCUACGAAUGUGCCGAAUGUAGAAAAGCCUUCAGCAACAGUUCAUCGCUCGCACAGCAUCAGAGAAGCCACACCGGAGAGAAACCCUACAUAUGUAAGGAAUGUAGGAAAACAUUUAGCCAAAAUGCAGGCCUUGCUCAACAUCAAAGAAUCCAUACUGGAGAGAAACCUUACGAAUGUAAUAUUUGUGGGAAAGCCUUUAGUUAUAGUGGAUCUCUUACCCUACAUCAGAGAAUUCAUACCGGAGAGAGACCUUAUGAAUGUAAAGACUGCAGGAAAUCUUUCAGGCAGCGUGCGCACCUUGCUCACCACGAGAAAGUCCAUACUAUGGAGUCACUCUUGUCCCUUUCUUCUCCAUCACCCUCUAUAUCCAGUCAGUUGCCAAGGACUCUCAGUUUUAUCUCCUAAAUCUGACCCAAAUCUGACCCAUUGGAACCAUUUAUAUUACCUCAUCCUUGUCUUCUAUGUAUUAUCUGUUGUGUGUGGGAAAGUGCAACGGCUUUCUGGAGAAUUCACCCAGGCCUCUUGUCAGUUUCCACACCAGCCAAACUUUAAAAAAAAAAAAUUGGUCAUAUUAUUUAUCCCUCAUUAAUUGAAAUUCCUUUCCAACAUCUAAAAGUUUGUAGGGAAAAAGUACACAGUCCUUAAGGUGUAGCACCUAGCAGGCUACCUUGUCCUCAGAACCUUGCUUUAAACUACCAGUUAAAGCCUUUAUGUCACUAUUCAUAUCUCUCUCUCUCCCUCUCUGUCUCUCUCUCUCUCCCUCCCUCCCUCCCUCCCUCUCUCCCUCCCUCCUUCCCUCCCUCCCUCCCUUCCUCUCUUCAUACAGAAUUAAAACAGAUCUAGGUUUUAUCAUUGCUUUUCCAUCUUCUAUCCUUAAUUUCAGGAGAGUAUCUGGUCCUUUGUAACCUUCAGUCUUAUUUACACUAUGGGACUAAUAAUGGUUCUACCUCAGAAGCAACUGGGAGAAAUAAAUAAUGCAUGUAGAUUUCUUAGCAGAGUGCCUAGCAUAAAAUAAUAUUAAUCUAAAAUAAAAAUAUGAUAUAACAAGAA